AUGUCCUCCGUCGCCAUCAACCGCCUUAGCGCCAUCAAGAACCAGAUGCGUGCAAUGUCGACCGUCAACAAGAUCAUCCACACCGCCACCGCUCCCGCUGCCAUCGGCCCCUAUUCCCAGGCAAUUGUCGCAAACGGACUCGUCUUCUGCUCAGGAAGCCUUCCCGUCAACCCUGCCAAUGGCGAGGUCGUCUCCGGCGGCGUCAAGGAGCAAGCUGAGCAAGUUUUUACCAACAUGGACGAGGUCCUCAAGGCCUCCAACUCGUCCUUCGGCCAGAUCGUCAAGUCGACUGUCUUCCUCAAGAACAUGAACGACUUUGGUGUCGUCAACGAGGUUUACGGCCGCCGCUUGGGUGGUGCCCUCCCUGCCCGCUCGUGCGUUGAGGUCGCUCGUCUGCCUAAGGAUGUCCUCGUCGAGAUCGAGUGCAUCGCCACCGUCUCCAAGUAG